AUGGCAGUGAAGAGAAAUGGAUUUGUUGAGGGUAGUUUGCCGGAGGAAUUAAUGAAGUUACUUUUGUCAUUGGCUUCGAAUUGGGGGGAUGUUAUUGAUAUGGACAAGUUGAAAGUGAUCCACUUAAGUGGUGCUAUGACUAAUGAGGUUUAUCAAAUAAGCUGGCCUACAAAGAGAGAAGAUGACAUUCGGACCGUUUUAGUUCGUAUUUAUGGAGAAGGUGUUGACCUUUUCUUUAACCGGGACGAUGAGAUUCAAACUUUCGAGUGCAUAUCGAAGCACGGCCAUGGACCGAGGCUUCUCGGGCAGUUCCCGGAGGGUCGGGUUGAGGAGUUCAUCCAUGCCAGGACUCUAUCAGCAGGUGACCUUCGUGAUCCAGUAAUAUCGGCUCUGAUAGCAGCUAAAAUGAAAGAAUUUCAUAAUCUUGAAAUGCCUGGUUCAAAGAAUGUUGUCCUCUGGUACAGAAUGAGAAAAUGGCUUAAUGAGGCCAAAUGUUUGAGCUCACCUGAACAUGCAAAGGAAUUUGGCUUGGAUACGAUGGCAGAAGAAAUCGAUACACUGGAAGAGGAGUUGUCGCAUGACAAUCAAGAAAUCGUGUUUGGUCACAAUGAUCUGCAAUAUGGUAACAUAAUGAUCGACGAAAAGACAAGUUCCAUCACUCUAAUUGAUUAUGAGUAUGCUAGUUACAAUCCUAUUGCCUAUGACCUUGCAAACCAUUUCUGUGAGAUGGUAGCCAAUUAUCACACUGACACACCUCAUAUUUUAGACUAUGGCAUAUAUCCAGGUGCCGAAGAGCGCCACAGAUUUGUGCGCAGGUAUCUCAGUUCUUCAGGCAAUGAACCAAGUGAAACUGAAGUAGAGCAGCUGGCCAAUGAUGCAGAGAAGUACACUCUUGCCAACCAUUUGUUUUGGGGCUUAUGGGGUAUUAUCUCGGCGUAUGUGAACCAUAUUGACUUUGAUUAUUUGGAGUAUGCUAGACAGAGGUUUCAUCAGUACUGGUUGAGAAAACCCAUUUUAUUGGGUACUCUCAGAAGUCUUCCUUGAAAAUGAUUUCUCUCUCUCUAUUGGGUUGAGGGAUUGGGGGGAGAUUAAAUAAUGUAAGUCAUG